AGAGAGCAGCUGUGAUGUCUAUGGAAACGCUGUGCUGGGAUCUCUGUACAGAGAGCGGCUGUGAUGUCUAUGGAAAUGCUGUGCUGGGAUCUCUGUACAGAGAGCGGCUGUGAUGUAUAUGGGGAAGCUGUGCUGGGAUCUCUGUACAGAGAGCGGCUGUGAUGUCUAUGGGAAGCUAUGUAUUCUGUAAAUGUAGAGAUGUGCCCUGUGGGCACAUCAGUGGUGCUGUCCCUGGCUGGGGACAGCGCUGGGGCAGCUUGUCUGUCCCCAGCGCUGGGUGCGUGGCGGCGGCAGGUGUCCGGUGCAGGGAUUACCCUUUUCCCUGCACCGGACCGGAGGCUGCGGAGAGGUUCAAAUAUUGGCGCCUUCCGGGAGCCAAUCGCGGCUCCCGGAGCGGCGGCCAAUCGGAGAGGGGCGCGGCGAGCCAAUCGGCGCUCGCCGCAUCAUAGGCCCCGCCCCCGGCGUCUGACGUCAGACGCCGGGCGGGAGCCGAAGAGAAAAGGGCCGCGCGCGCGGAAGCGCGCGAAGAAAGCAGCCGGGACCUGGAGAGAGGAGUCGGCGCGCCAGAGCGCAGAAGAGAGUCCGGCGCGGAGGAGAAGACGACGGCCGUGGGAAGAAGAGCUCCGGUGGCCGCUGAAGAGGCCGGAAGACGUCGGGCUCCUACAAGAAGAUGUCCAGCGGCGGCUGGACGCGGAGCAGCGGAGGCGACGCCGCUGGCCAGGACGGGUCAGCGGCAGAAGAGGGCGCAGGAGACCCCUUGGAGCAGGUGAGGCCUCAGUGAGGCUACUUCCACCUCCUCUCCUUUCCUCCCUAGACCACCGGGUGUUCGGGCAUUAGGCCCGUGGGCAGAGUCAGGCCCUCCCGGCCUGUGGGCAAUCAGUAGGGCCCUCCCGGCCCGUGGGCACAGUCAGGCCCUUCCGGCCUGUGGGCACCUUUAGUCGGGCCCUGCGCAGUCGGGGUUGCCCGUGGCCCGGCUAAGACUUGGGGGUCACCAUUUGGGUAGUUUGGGUAUUAGGCCCAAGCUACCCCUCCAGCGCCAGUUAGGCGGGCAUUAGGCCCGAGGGCAAGUACAGGCAAUAGGCCUGAGGAUACAGUAGGGGGCACUAGGCCCUACUUCAGUUGGCGGCCGCUAGGGAUAUAUAAAGGUGAUGCUGGGUACUAGGCCCAGGUCACCCCACGAGUGACAAGUUAAGCGGGCGCUAGGCCCGUGAGUGAAAUCAGGCCUCCGGCCUGUGUGCAGUCAGGGGGCGCUAGGCCCAGUGGAUAAGUGCCCCCGAGGUGAAUAAAGGUGGCACUGGGCACUAGGCCCAGGCCACCCUGAGGUGUUAGGUAGGCAGGUCCGCUUGACCUGAGCCCUAUAGAAGGAAGUGUACAGGAGGUGGGCAGGCUGUGUGGCGCCCACCCCCUUCCAGCGGCAGGUAGGGAUUUAAAGGGACAGCACCGUGUGAUCUUGUAUUCCGAUAUUGUGAUGUAUGUUGUUACCGUGCAGGGCAAAGUGUCUGUUUGUUUUAAGUUUGUGCAUAGUUGUGUUGCACCACUCACACGAGCUAGUUUGAGGGCUCUGUUUAUGUAGCUAGUGUAGCGGACGCACACUAGGGUAGUUCUAGGCCCUGCACGGCUGUUUCUCUCUUUGCCUCCUUACAGGGACCUGUAAGUGGAGAAGAUCGGAGUACAAGACGUAGGACGGUGAGUAACAUCGGUCUGUGUGUUCCUUCUGUGUGUGUCCCUAUCUGUCUCCCUUCCUUCAGGGCGAACGGUGAGCCUUGCACGCCGGUGCAAGGUAGAAUUUCCACCUGGUGCGAGAGUGCCAAUAGGUGAAAUUCGGGCUCUGAGGCGGACGCAUGGGAUGACCCUCACCUAGCCCGAAAGCACUAUUUUUCUCGGGGUCAGGGGGCGUUUCGGUCCACAGUUAGGAGGACGGCACUCAGCAAUCUCCUUCCUCCUAGGUCGUCGUGUCCGGGUCCGACGGAAGAUUUGCCAGGUCCGUUGAAGGUUCCGGUACCUGAAGGUGAGAGAGAGCAACGCCUGAGACAGACAAUGCAGAACAUCAAUAACAAAUAUGAUGUCAUGUGUACAUCCGAUGAUGAUUUGCCAAGUUAUCAAACGACCCAUGUAAUCACAAAUACAGAGAAUUUUGAUUCAGUUGAAGAUAGCCCAUUUGGUUUAGAUUUCAGCAUUAUACCCGAUUUUACUAAUAUUUUGGAAUUGGCUCCAGCCUAUUCCACAAAAAUGGAUGAUGCGACGGCUGACGGUAUUCUACGGGACAUAUUGAACAAACCUGAAUAUUGUCACAAUGCCGCUAUACAGACCAGCAAUGUUGUUGAUGAGCGACCGUUUUUCCCCACGCGACAGGGGGUCGGGCUAAAACAUUUGAAUAUAAAGCAGAUGAUGCUGUAGCAAGGCGAUAUGAUCCUAUGAUACCAACAGGCCGUGAUACAGUCGCGCAAAUACACAGGCCUAGUACAAACGGGAAAACAUCAAAACGCACAACCUCCGCUGAAACGGAGAACCAUCAAUUCGCAGCAGCAGAUGACGCUGUAGCAAGGCGAUAUGAUCCUACGAUACCAACAGGCCGUGAUACAGUCGCGCAAAUACACAGGCCUAGUACAAGCGGGAAAAUAUCAAAACGCACAACCGCCGCUGAAACGGAGAACCAUCAAUUCGCAGCAGCAGAUGACGCUGUAGCAAGGCGAUAUGAUCCUACGAUACCAACAGGCCAUGAUACAGUCGCGCAAAUACACAGGCCUAGUACAAGCGGGAAAAUAUCAAAACACACAACCGCCGCUGAAACGGAGAACCAUCAAUUCGUAACGCCGUCGAUUGUACAUAACAGCCUAAAGGAUGUUGCUAGGUCAUCGGUUAUGGUGGUGCAUAACGGUUGUAUCAACCCGAACAAACGAAGGCCGGCUCGACCAAGAACGAAUGAGAGAAGUCAUAAUUCAGCAUUUACAGAUCUUAAAAGAAAAUUGUCAUAUUCCGAAAAUGAUAAGCCGCAACGGAGAAGGAUCGCGUUACAAACUGUAUCAGGCGUAAGUAACGAUGUUGCUGUAACAUCAAAACACACAGCGUUUAACACUGCAGACCGGGAUGUCGCUGGUAAUACAAAGACUGUAAAGGUUAAGAGGGCAUCGCGACUCUCAAGAAGUAAUGUUAAGCAAUUGCUGCAAUCAGCUGUAAUCACAAUUCCAGAUACACAGGUUUGUUCUGAAACAGAAACAAGGCACAUAGCAGGCAUUGGUUUGUUAUCAAAUAUUGACUCAAGAAGUAAUGUUAAGCAAUUGUCGCAAUCCGAUGUCAUCACUAUUCCCAAUACACAGGAUUGCUCUGAAACAGAAACAAGACACAUAGCUGGUAAUCCUGUAAUAUCAGAUAUUGAUGACAUAAAUGGGCAAGAGCUUAUUACAAACUGUGUAGAGUCAACGACACAAGAUCCACAGAAUAGUUCUGAUGAAGUAUUAUCAGCCGUUGCAGGAAUUCCUGGUAAUACUAUAACGGUUGAUUGUGUAACAUCAAUGCCCAAUAUUUUUACAACGACAGCCAUGGUACACGCAUCGGCUGAUGCUUGUGCACCGGCGCGAGGGAUAGCGCCCGACAUAGUUGAUGAAUGUUAGAAUACAGAACAAUUAGGCCAAGACGCCGAAAUACAAUUUUACGCGUUGUUGGGUAAGAUACGGGAAGAUGUUGAGAACAUGGGUGUAAAAGCCAGAUAUUUGUUAAAACACAUUAAAGGUGUGAGCCAUGGUAGUAAAUGUAAACAAGACAUUGUUAAAGAAGUUGUUGAGACGUAUAUGAAUGUCAUGUCAAAAUACAUAGAUCGGUCAGUUAAGACAACUGAAUUUAUUAAAGCCAACAUACAUCAUUUUGCAGAAAUAAAUGAAACUGAGCCGUGACUAGGCAUGUUAGGCAAUGGUUUGAAACGUGUUUUAAAUUUAAAUGCCUGUAAAAAA